GAAGAAAAAAAAUUCUAACUUUCUGAUCUAUUUUUUCAUUCCCUUCCCAUCCAAACAAACUUAAAUCAGUGUAUUUUUGUUUUCUUUUUUUCCUUUUUCCUUAUCUAUUACUACUCACUGUCUCUCGCAGUUGGCGGAUCUCCAAUUCUCAGUUGUACUUGUACCCCAUUUCCUUGAUUCACUCUUCAUCUGUCCCAUUCAACCAAUAGUCUUUCCCCUUUGCCUUCUCAUAUUACACAUGGGCACAAUAAUGAUUCCUCAAAAUUUCUGCUUCUCAUUUCUUGGUGAUCCUGUGGGAUGGCAUCAAUCAUUCAAUUUUUUUGGCAGUUUUCUCAAUUGGGUAUAUCACAAAAUUGAUAUGGAUUACCUUCCUGUUGAGGUCAUUGGGAAUAUCCUCUCCCAACUAGGGGCAGCGAGGGAUGUGAUUGUAGCGUCUGCAACAUGUAGAAAGUGGCGGGAAGCUUGUCGUAAACACCUCCAUACUCUUUCGUUCAAUUCUCAUGAUUGGCCACUCUAUCGAGACCUAAGUACUAGUAGGCUAGAGAUACUGAUUACUCAGACUUUGUUUCAAACAACAGGCUUACAAUGUUUAUCGAUAUUGAUGGAUGAUGUGGACGAGUUCUCAGCUUCCAUUGUGGUUGCUUGGCUCAUGUACACAAGAGAAUCAUUGCAAUGGUUGUUUUACAACGUUCGUACUAAUCCAAAGAUCAAUAUUCUUGAUAUAUGCGGGCGACAGAAGCUGGAAAUGUUGGUGCUUGCUCAUAAUUCUGUAUCAGGGGUUGAACCGAAUUAUCAGAGGUUCCUUUGCCUAAAAUCCCUUUCAUUAAGUUAUGUCAGUAUUUCGGCAUUGGAUCUGAAUUUGUUACUGACAGCUUGUCCGAAAAUUGAAACUUUAGCACUUGUGAAUCCAGAGAUUGCAAUGUCAGAUGCGCAGGUAACUGUUGAGCUGAACAGCAGUACACUAAAAAGUAUCUACGUUGAAGCAGUAAGUUUGGACAAGUUUAUAUUGGAAACUGAUAGCCUUGAGAAUCUGCACUUAAAAGACUGUGCGCUUGAGCUUUUUGAGCUCAUUGGAAAAGGAACUUUGACGUAUUUCAAGAUUGAUGAUGUUAGUAUUAUACAUCUCGAUGUUGGUGAUGCUGUUGAUAAUCUUGAAACUGUAGAUGUUAGUAAUUUCACGAUAAAUUGGUCCAAGUUCUAUCAGAUGAUUUCGAAAUCAUCCACAUUGAGAAGUCUCCGGUUAUGGGAUGUUGUAUUUGAUGAAGAGGACGAGAUUGUGGAUGUGGAAACAAUUGCACUUUGCUUCCCACAAUUAAAUCAUCUUGCACUUAGUUAUGAUUUAAGAGAUGACUUAAGGGAGGGAAUUCUCCACUAUGGUUUACAAGGGUUAUCUCUAUUAGAGAAUGUCAAUGUGUUGGAGCUGGGAUCGACGGUAAUUAAUGACGUCUUUACUCAUUGGGUUGCUGGUCUACUGCAAAGAUGCCCUAAUCUCAGUAAAUUAGUUAUUCAUGGAGUGAUUUCAGAGACUAAAACACAUGAAGAGUGCCAAAUGUUGGCCGGCUUUACCUCAUCUAUUGUUCAGCUGAUGAGGAGAUAUAUUCAUGUAGAUGUGCAGUUUGAAUUUGAGUAGAUGAGAAACAUUUGUUAAUUUGGAAUAAUGGGCUCAAUCAACAAUAGCAGAGGCAAGGUAGAAAAGGAGACCUAUAACCCACCGUCAACAGAGGAGAUGGGGCUAGUGUGCUAUAAUGUGUCAAAAUUCCAAAUGUUGUUUCCUUAAGUUGGACAUUUUCACGUUCCAACAGGUCAUGUCUAAAGACGGAAAAGUAGGAAGUCUACCACACCGCUUAUUCUUUUCAUAUAACUAUGAUGAAAGUUAAUCACCCAAUCAAUUGACAACUUAGAUUCUUUUUCCUUCUUUUCUUCUAGAAGGCUGGAGUGGCAGCAAUCAGAGGCCAGAUCGUAGUUCACCUUUUUCUUAAACUUAUGUAUGAGAAGAUAUCAACUACUAAAAUGCAUUGAAAGAAAUGAGAAUUUUAACUAAGAUUAAGCUCAUUUGUUUUUUCUACAAACGGAUUUAAGCUUCGUUGAUAGGACUUGUAUCUCUUGUAUGUUAGUCCACUGGCUGUGGUGGUGGAAUGAAAUGUCAUAGUAAUAAUCUGCAACAAGCGGUUUUGAUCAAUAUUGUCUUGGAUAGAUUUCACUAUUUUUAUUAUUGAAAAUUGGAAUUUUGUUUCUUUUCUAUGUUUUCAUUCAUCUGGAAUGAAUUUCCUUCGUAUGCUUGUUUGCUGUUUAUUGUUGUGAUGAUUUGUUAAUUGAAUGUGUGUGAACAGUUUGGCAUCUUUGGUUUACUCUCUAUCUAGGCGACUGUAUCUUUGACUGCAUCAUUUUAGCUACCCCUUUUCGGAUGAUUCCAGUUUUCUUGCACUUUAGUAUCAGAUGUGCUGAUUAUUUUGGAUUUUCUUCUAGUAUUUUAUUCAAAUUGCAGUUAUGCUUCCUCAGAAUAUUGCUCAAUGCAAAUCUGUCUGAUCUUUUAGCCGUUCAGCCUUGGAAUUUCGAUUGAUGAUUUGUUAUGAUUAUUAUACUUUAGAAUAUAUGCUGUGUAGUUGACCUUUCAUAUUGAGUCGUUCUAUUAAGAAUCCAUUUUUAUCACCAUUUCUACUCAACAUUGCUAGGUGAUUGAGUGCCUUCUACUUGAUCUGCAAUGGUAAAUGGCUAAAGGCUGAAGAGUAUCUCCUAGUCCUUUGGUCAGAAUGAGAUCUAGCCAUUUUCCUUACUCUCUAGAUCUUGCUCUUCCUCUCUCUCACAUACACACACGGAGAAACAGUGUCUUUUUUGUCUGUCUGAGAAACGAGACGUAAGCCCUUUGUGAAGUAGCUUGGCUAUGUCAAAUGUGCACUUGUUAAGCAAUUGUUCUGGAGUAUAUUGACGCGUAGAAGCGCCGAGUCUUUUGUCUCAGAACUCAGAAUAUAUGCUGGGACUCAUCAAACCUAAUUAAUGAAUGAACUGUUUUAUGGUUCUGUUGAAUAGCAUGGUCAUUCAGCAAACUUGGUUUUUGAGCAUCAUAGCUUUCUCUUAAUAAGUUCAAGGGCUUAAAUAGGACUGUUUGGUACUUUACAAAACAUUGAACAAUUGACUUUCUUUAAUCUGUGCAGAUAAGACCAUCUGGUCUGUCCGCAUAUUCAAGACAUUAUUCAAGACAUCUGGUUUGACUUUAUUUAUUAUGAUGGUGGCGGUUAGACCAGCUUGGGUGCACCUUGAGUUCCGUCGGGUACCAGCUUGCUAUCUCCUACGAGCAUUGGUAUUGGGUAACUCUACCCAUUAAGGCUUAGGCAAGUGAAGAGAGAUUGUCUAGCGUUAUUUUCCUCUCUGUUAUGUAUUUGAACCCUGGUCUCCCAUGAUUUUGACCCACUUUAUUAACCGCUAGGCCCCCCUUUUGUAACC